CCCUUUUCUUUUCUUUAUAUCGUUUUUUUUUAUGGCCUUAAGUCUGAACUCGACAUAUGAAAUUUGCUUUACAAAAGCUUGCAUAGAAACAGCUGCAAGUUUGCUUCAGUCGAUCGAUAUGAAUGUUGAUCCUUGCUCAGAUUUUUAUAAAUAUACAUGCGGUAAUUGGAUCAAGAGUGCCAUUAUUCCAGAAGAACUUGCAGGUUUUGGCAUUUUGGAAGUCGAAUCAACCAAUCAUAAAGAUAAAUUUCGCACGAUUUUAGACGGGACAUAUAACGAUCUUUUGCAUUCAACCAUGUCACAUUCAAGUUACCAGGUUACUACAAAAAAAGAAAAAGAAAUCGAUAGAAAGAACUUUCAGGUCAUGAAAGACUACUAUUCUUCCUGUGUCGAUGUGGAUAUGAAUGACGGCUCAGUAUUCCAACACUUUUUUCGAGACUUGAAUCGAUUGAAAAAAGGAACUAUGUCAAUUGACCCUAAAACUCAAUUACAGAUUUCUGCUAGGACCAUAGACACAAUCAGUUAUCCGAAAAUUACAGAUGGGCUUGUGAUUGAUGCUGGUGGUCUAUUUACCAUGGAAAUUGUACCUGAUGACAAAAACAAAAGCCAAAUGGCGCUGGCUGUUUCUCCACCUUCUGAAUUUAACAAUGUUGAAAGUGCUCCUCUAGACGAUUUGGACCCUGAGACUCUUUAUCAGAUUGUUUCCUCCGCGUUGGGCUAUAAGAAUUCGACCGAAAGAGAUAGAGACAGACUUUCACACUUGAAAAGAUCAGGCUUACAAACAAUCAGUGAUUCCGACAUAUACUCUCUUGUAGAUAGUGCCAUAUCUGUUCAAAAGAGACUGUAUCAUCUAACAAAAGCCUGGGAUGAGCCGGGAUAUUAUACCUAUUCAGUUGAAGAAAUCACUGAAGCUUUUCCCUUUAUUGAAUGGGGAUCUAUUUUAGAAUCAAAUAUACCCAAAGGUCGCGACUAUUCAAAUAUAACAAUCCAACUAUACAACUCUGAAUACUUUGACCAACUCAAUUACUAUUCAAAUAUUAAUGAUCCUACUCGUGUGUUGCAUAAAACCGGCAUUUUAAAUUAUUUGAUAGUGCAUAAAAUCUAUCAAGAUGCACCUAUACUUGACUCAGAAAUGCGUCAAUUAGUACCUGACUCACCAUUUCAGACAAGAUCCAGUAUAUGUGUCGAUAAAGUACUCGAUAACAUGGGCCUUGUUGCAGGUAGAUUCUAUGCUAUGAUUACCUUUGCUGGUGAAGAAGACAGGCUAAAGUUGGAGGAAAUGGCCGAAGCGAUCAAAGAAUCUCUUGGCAACCGUAUUAAAAAGUCAGAUUGGCUAGACGAAUCUACUAGACAGGCUGCUAUUAAAAAACUUGGCGCAAUGAAGAAGACGAUAGGCUACAGUACAGAGCUACCUGAUGAAAGAUCACCUUUUGGUAUCCAUGAUUACUUGAACGGUCUAGACACCAGUGCCAACUCUUUUUAUGAAAAUGAAAAAGCAGUAACUCGAUGGGCUUUAUCGAAAUAUUGGGAAACAUUCGGACGAAAAUUAAGUUCAACCGAAUGGAUUGGUGUAGCAGCCCCUCAAGUAGUCAACGCCUUUAAUCUUUUAUCUAAAAAUAGCAUUGUUGUUAGUGCUGCUUUUGCUCAAAAACCAAACUAUGAUACAAAUUAUCCAGACUAUCUUAAUUAUGGUGGCAUUGGCCAGACAUUAGGACACGAGUAUUCUCAUGGAUUCGACGAUGUAGGCUCACAAUAUGAUGAACAUGGGGUUGAAAGAAACUGGUGGUCAGACGAAACACAUGCCAAAUAUACUGAAAAAGCACAGUGUUUUAUCAAUCAAUACUCAAAAGCUUUUGUGAGAGAUGAUGAUGGACAUAAAUAUACGAUUGAUGGAUCUCUUACUUUAGGCGAAAAUAUCGCUGACAACGAAGGUCUUUCUGCCACUUUUGAUGCUUAUAUGAAAUUAAAAGAAAGUGGAAAAGGAUAUAAUCCAAUCUUGCCAGGUUUACAAAAUUUUUCUCCUGAGGCCUUGUUCUUUAUCAACGCUGGCCGUUCAUUUUGUUCCAAGCCUUUGCCAGGCACAGUCAAGGAUUUUAUCUCUGAUGAACAUGCGCCUGACUCUGUUCGUGCCAAUAAGGUCUUUCAGAACAGCCAUGAAUUUGCUCGCGUUUUCAAUUGUCCUAUUGGCAGUAAAAUGAGUCCCAAGACCAAAAAGUGCAAGAUAUGGUGAUUGAAUAACGCAAAAAAUAUCUUGUCAUUAUACCACCUUGUAAAUUUCCAGAAUAAAGAUACCAUUUAAUUGUAAAUACA